AUGAGGGGCGGCGCCUGGCUGCUGGUGCUCAGCGCCGUGUUCCUCUGCAACGCGCUCAAGAUCCUCCUGCCCUCCUGCUCCUCCGUCGUCUCCAGGCUGUUACAGAAGGAUGCAGAGCAGGAAUCCCAGAUGAGAGCUGAGAUCCAGACCAUGAAGCAGGAGCUUGCCACCAUCAGUAUGAUGGAUGAGUUUGCCAGAUAUGCACGGCUGGAGAGGAAGAUUAACAAAAUGACUGACAAGCUCAAAACCCACGUGAAAGCACGAACUGCCCAAUUAGCCAAAAUAAAGUGGGUCAUAAAUAUUGUAUUCUACAUACUGCAGGCUGCCCUGAUGAUCUCUCUGAUCUGGAAAUACUACUCUGAGCCUGUCACAGUGCUGCCAAGCAAAUGGUUGGCUCCCCUGGAGCGCCUGGUGGCCUUCCCUACAGGAGUGGCAGGAGGAGUGGGAAUUACCUGCUGGCUUGUGGUCUGCAAUAAAGUUGUAGCUAUCAUGCUGCACCCCUUCAGCUGAAGGAAUCCCAGCAAUCCAUGGACUCCUCAAUUGCAUUUCCAUUAUCACAGUGUUAAAUUCAUUGAAAAAGAAAAAGGGACAGUUAUCUUUCAUGAGACAAAGUCUGAGGCAAUCCCUGUUACUCCAUUUGAGUAUCAGUUAGUCCUUUUGAUUUCUCUUCCCAGAGUUUGUCUUUCAGUUUGGAAAGAGCAGCACUGCUGGUUGUAAAACCUCCCUUUGGGUUUAUUUGUGGCAAAACCACAAGGCUUUGUCAUGGCCUGUUGUCACCAACAUCUAAAAGUGUUGGAUUUGUGGUUUUAAAUUGGAAAUGUGCUGGCUUUAGGAAUUAAUUUGUCAGCUUGACUGUUUCUUUGCUGUAAAAUUUGGUAGCUUCACCCCCAGGUGGGAUCAUGUUGGGUGAUGCAGAGGGCAGAGGGAAGUUGUUUGCUUGGCUUGGGGCAAAAGAGAGUUUCCUUGUGAUUUCUUUACCCUAAAAUUGGAAUAUUCUCGAGCUCUCCUAAAAAAAAAUAGAUGUAUUUAAUCAAGAUUUUAUCUCUUAAGAGGUUUCUUCAGCUGCCAAGCACAGGCUCCUGUCAAUGCAGCUGAAGCCAGUGCUGUUCCUGCAGAGGUGAGGCUGAUUUAGCUUCCACUCUGGAAUUCCCCCAGAGGAAUGAUCUGUCCUGCUAUUCCAAGGCCUUUUCCUCCCUGCAGGAAGGAAAGGGCCAGGGCACCUCCAAAACUGGCACUGCCUUAAAAACCCGUUCAAAAGGUCAGAUUAUGUUGUGUGUUUAUAUAUGAAGUAAAUAUUUUUGUUUCGUUUUUUUAAAUGUUAAUUUAAAAAUUGGGAUUUUAUAUCAGGAAUUGCAUUUAGCCAAUGUGAAAAUAAAUAUCAUGUAAAAAAUGCUGUGAUUGAAUGUUAUGUAUAAUUGUGAUUUUAUUAAGGAAAUAAAGC